AACUUGCUAAUACGUCUGCGCGAGCGGACGUGGCCCGGAAGCAGUUCUUUGGCCCUGUGACACGUAGCCGCGGGGCUGAUUCAGGGUCUGAAACAGAGUUUGGGGGUUGUUUGGGACUGCUGAAGCUACUGCCUUCGCCGCCAGCGCAGCCUCGGAGUUUGAUUAUUUGCGAUGUCAGGCUUUGAAAACUUAAACACGGAUUUCUACCAGACAAGUUACAGCAUCGAUGAUCAGUCACAGCAGUCCUAUGAUUAUGGAGGAAGUGGAGGACCCUAUAGCAAACAGUAUGCUGGCUAUGACUAUUCACAGCAAGGCCGAUUUGUCCCUCCAGACAUGAUGCAGCCACAACAGCCAUACACUGGGCAGAUUUACCAGCCAACUCAGGCAUAUACUCCAGCUUCACCUCAGCCCUUCUAUGGAAACAACUUUGAGGAUGAGCCACCUUUAUUAGAAGAGUUAGGUAUCAAUUUUGACCACAUCUGGCAAAAAACCCUAACAGUAUUACAUCCGUUAAAAGUAGCAGAUGGCAGCAUCAUGAAUGAAACUGAUUUGGCAGGACCAAUGGUUUUUUGCCUUGCUUUUGGAGCCACAUUGCUACUGGCUGGCAAAAUCCAGUUUGGCUAUGUAUAUGGGAUCAGUGCAAUUGGAUGUCUAGGAAUGUUUUGUUUAUUAAACUUAAUGAGUAUGACAGGUGUUUCAUUUGGUUGUGUGGCAAGUGUCCUUGGAUAUUGUCUUCUGCCUAUGAUCCUACUUUCCAGCUUUGCAGUGAUAUUUUCUUUGCAAGGAAUGGUAGGAAUCAUUCUCACUGCUGGGAUUAUUGGAUGGUGUAGUUUUUCUGCUUCCAAAAUAUUUAUUUCUGCAUUAGCCAUGGAAGGACAGCAACUUUUAGUAGCAUAUCCUUGUGCUUUGUUAUAUGGAGUCUUUGCCCUGAUUUCCGUCUUUUGAAAAUUUAUCUGGGAUGUGAACAUCAGUGGGCCAAAUGUACAAAAAGGACCUUGAACUCUUAAAUUGGACCGGCGAACUGCUGCAGCGCAACUCUCAUGCAGAUUUACAUUUGACUGUUGGAGUAAUGAAAGUAAACGUGUAUCUCUUGUUCAUUUUUAUAGAACUUUUGAAUACUAUAUUGGAUUUACCUGCAGUGUGACUAGCUUUAAAUGUUUGUGUUUAUACAAAUAAGAAAUGCUAAUUCUUUCUGGUUCCUGCAGCCUUUGAAAAACCUUUUUCCUUGCAAAUUAUAAUGUUUUUGAUAGAUUUUUAUCAACUGUGGGAAACCAAACACAAAGCUGAUAACCUUUCUUAAAAACAACCCAGUCACAGUAAAGAAGACACAAGACGGCCAGUUGCGGUGCCUCAUGCCUGUAAUCCCAGCACUUUGGGAGGCCAAGGUGGGCGGAUCGCAAGGUCAGGAGAUCGAGACCAUUCUGGUCAAUACGGUGAAAACCCGUCUCUACUAAAAAUACAAAAAAUUAGCCGGGUAUGGUGGCGGGCACCUGUAGUCCCAGCUACUCAGGAGGCUGAGGCAGGAGAAUGGUGUGAACUUGGGAGGCAGAGCUUGCAGUGAGCCGAGAUCGCACCACUGCACUCCAUCCAGCCUGGGUGACAGAGCGAGACUCCAUCUCAAAAAAAAAAAAAAAAAAAAAGACACAAGACUUACUGCAAAAAUAUUUUUCCAAGGAUUUAGGAAAGAAAAAUUGCCUUGUAUUCUCAAGUCAGGUACACUCAAAGCAAAAAAGUGAUCCAAAUGUAGAGUAUGAGUUUGCACUCCAAAAAUUUGACAUUACUGUAAAUUAUCUCAUAGAAGUUUUGCUAAAAUUCAGAGAUACAGGAAAUUCACAAUCUACCUUAUUGUAGACAUGAAAUGGGAACACUUAUGUAGAUAUUAAUGUUAACUCAACCUGAGGGACCUGGAAUGGUUGCAUUAAUGCUGUAAUUGUUGGAUCUCCACAUUUCCCAAAAAGAAAAAAAAUCACUAACUUUUUUAAGGGAAAUAUUUAAAGUUUUACAAAAUUCAGUAUUGCAGUUAUCAAUGUAAAGUACAUUUGAAUGCUUAUUAAAACUUUCCCAAUUAAUUUUAACUGUGUUAUUGAGUUUACUUUUACUAAACUACUGUUCUCUUUGUCUCUUUUUUAACUAGGCUCUGAUUUUGACCCCCUAAUUUAAGCUUUAAGAAUAGAAAUCAGCUAAUAUGGAAUCAGACAAAAAGGGGAUUAAAUGAGCAGCAGUUUGAUUUACAUUAUUUUAUUGUAUUAAAUGUGUUUGAUUUAUAUUGUCAUGUUCUCUUGCCAGAGAGAGUGUGUAGGAAAAUACUGUAUCUUGUAUAUUGAUCAUUGGCUUUUUCUAGAAAAACUGCCUCUGAUUCUGGACAAAGCUCAGUUGUAGUUAUGAGAAAGAUAGGGUACAGGGAGGAAAAUACUGCUUUUUUUUUUAAAGAUAUUUUCAGACUAAAUUAAAAAAUGCCAAACUGAUGUAUCAAUGAUUCUUUUUUAGAACAAGUUUUCAAAGCAUAAAAAGAGGUUGAGAGAAAUAACAUAUUUAUUGAUUCACAUAAGUAUGUUUUUCUUCAUUCUUAAUCAUCUGGAGAAACUCACUUGUCAUGCAUUUGUUUUGGGCUAGGUUUUCAAACUUACCAAAUUGCUUUAGAAAAGCAAUUUGGAAAGCAAUUUGAUAGGCUUUCCAACUUAACCAAAUUUUUUAUUGUAAUUCUUGGAUAGUACUUUUGUCUUUUUCAAUCAUUUGUCUUUUUCAAUGUAGUUUUUGUUAAGGCAAAUAUCUUCCAUUAAUAUCCAAAUAUUGCUAAUAAACGGUAGAAGUGCUUUGGAAAUUAAAAUUAUCUCGCUGUUGGUUAGACUUAAGACUGUUAAUCUUCAGCCAGAUACCCACAUAUGAAUCAAAUUAUUUUCUUUUUUGUUGUUUACCCUAUCCCCAACAACAUUUUUAGUUAUUGUAGAGAAUUUUUUUGUUGGUGGUAAUUUUUUAUUUCAUUCCAAAAUAAUAAGGUGCAAAGCUAUUUUAUGCUUAACUGUUGCUCUGUCAAAACAGCUAUGCAUUGGAGUUGGAGUUGAUGCAAAUUUUGUUCCAGAGUUGGAUUACAUGCAGAGUCAUAUAUAGCCAAAACUUAUCUUAUCAAACUGUUAUGUAGGCAUAUUUAUAUAUACAUUAAAGACUGUUGUACUGUGUUUCAAAAA